AUCACGCCAACCGUCGCUCGCGCCCGACUGGCCUAACGCAUAUUUUGGCUUCGCGGCCAGAGCACGCCGGCAGUUGCCAUUCCAACGGGUAAAAUGUAGGAAUAAACUAUUUGUAAGCCAUAGACGCUGCACAAGAAUGCAAACGAAACCCCAAGCGAGCUCCACGGGCGCGCAAGGCGCGCCCUCGCCAAGUUCCUCGAGCUGCGAGCCUUCCAUCAGCUCCGUGCUAUUCAACGUGCCCAACACCGUAACAUACUCGCGAGUGCUUCUGCUCUUCUGGGCCGCGGCGGUCGCGCGGUCACAGCCGGGCGUGGCAUUGGCGCUGUGGCUGGUCAACUUCGCCCUUGACGGGGCCGACGGCGCGUUAGCUCGGCGACUGGGGCAGACAUCUGCCUUCGGUGCGUUUCUGGAUGUCGCUGUUGACAUCGCCUCACGCGGCAUGCUGUGGGUGAGCUGGGCAGCGGCCGCCGCAGCCGACGCCGCAGCCACUGCGGCGGCGUCGACAUACGCGGCGGCGCCAGCGGGUGGGGGCGCGGCCGCGGCGGCGGCGGCGGUGGGCAUGCAGGCGGGAACAGCUGCGGCCUUGGCAGCGGUGGCGCUGCCGCUGAGCCUGGCGGUGAUCUUGCUAGAGUGCCUGGUCUUCACCUGCACACACGCGCGACAUUGCUGAGCGACCGCAGCCGCCUCAGCACGCCGCCGUGGUCAACGCCCGCCGGCCCACACUUGCCGUACCGUGUGUGGGCUUGUUUGAAACACCCUCGCGCGCGCAAGCUACUACCGUAGCC